UAAGGAGAGUUGAUUGCCAAUUUUCUGUCUUUCUUCCUGAUUGGACUGCAGGAAAUCUUGGAAUGUUGUGGAGAGCGGGCUGAGCUGCCCUGACCAAUCACAGACGAGGCACUUUUGCACUUUUUAGCAUGAUUUAAGAACGAGUUGCGUCUUUCGUGCUCGAGAUACAGUCGAUAGUGGGUGUAACCCCAAAUCUUGGUAUGUCUCAGAAUGAAACGGUGGAGGAUACAAUUGAACUUUUGCCAGUGUGCAGUAUUUAAUCGGGGCUAUUGAAUGAACUUUUAAAGCUUAGUGAGGAUCCCUGCUGGAGGCAUUUCAAGUAGCCACCUUAUUGCUAUCUGAAAUUGGAGCCCAACUUGAAACUUUUAAUAUUUUGGUGGGGGAAACGGCCAUGGCAGCUGGGGGUCCCCUUAAAGAGCUUUGUGAUGAAACUACUUGUCCCAUUUGCCUGGAGUAUUUCAAAGAUCCAGUGAUCAUUGGCUGUGGGCACAUUUUCUGCCAAGCUUGUAUUACCCAGUGCUGUGGUCAGUCAGACACAGACAUUUGUUGUCCUCAGUGCAGAGAAACGAUUCAGGCAAAGAAUGUCAAACCAAACCGACAACUGGCAAAUGUUGUGGAACUCAUCAAGAAACUUCAGGAGGGGAAAAGAGCAGAAGAAAAGAGUGGAAUGUGUGAGAGGCACCAGGAGCCCCUGAAACUCUUCUGCGAGGAUGAUGAAGCUCCCAUCUGUGUGGUGUGUGACAAAGCCAAAGAGCACAAGGAACACUGGGUGAUUCCCUUGGAGGAAGCUUAUGAAAAAUAUAAGGGAAAAAUCAAAGCCCGGAUGCAGUCUCUGGAGAAAGAAAGACAGAAGUUGAUGGAACAGACAGUGGUUGAAGAUCAGAGAGGUCAGAAGUGUCUGACAAAGGUGCAGGAUGAGAGGCAGAAGAGCUUGUCUGCCUUUGAUCAAAUGCAGAAGUUGCUUGAGGAGAAAAAGAGUUUCUGGCUGGCUCUGCUGGAUGACCUGGAAAAGAAGACCAAGAAGAGACAGGAAGAAAAUGUCACCAGGCUCUCGGAGGAGACUCUUAGUCUCUCUAACUUGAUCACAGAAAUGGAAAGGAAGAGCCUGCAGCCAGCAAGUGAGUUCCUGCAGGACAUCAGCAGCACCUUGAGCAGAUGCAAGGGAGCACAAAGGAAGCCACUGGUGGACUUUUCUCUGAAUCUGGAGGACACACUCAGAAUUUACUCUGAGAAAAAUUCUGCUCUAGAAAAAGCUGUUGGAAAAUGUGCAGAGUCUCUGGAGGAAGCGCUGAACAAAGUGAAUGUGACUCUAGAUCCAGACACGGCACACCCAGGCCUCAUUCUGUCGCAGGAUCUGAAGAGUGUGAAAAAUGGAGGGGGGUAUCGGCAACUACCUGGCAACCCUGAGAGAUUUGAUGUUAGGCCCUGUGUGCUGGGCCAUGAGAAAUUCACUUCAGGAAGGCAUCAGUGGGAGGUGAAUGUACAGGGAGGAUCAUCCCAGUGGGCUGUGGGAAUCGCACGAGAGUCAGUCAAGAGGAAGGGAGAAAUCAGCCUAACUCCUAAUGAAGGAUUCUGGGUUGUGCGGAAGUCAGGCCAUUAUAGGGAUGGACCAAUCAUAUCUUGGGAACUCUUAGCUUUGACUUCCCCUAAGCCAACCAAGUUGUCUUUGGGUGGUAAGAUCAGAAAGAUCCGGGUAUCGCUGGACUAUGAAGAAUCCUGUGUAGCAUUUUCUAAUGUGGAUACAGGCAAACUGCUCUUCACUUUCUCUUCUGCCUCGUUCUCUGGAGAGAGGAUCUGUCCCUUUUUCUUGGUGUAUUCAGGAGUCGGUCUGAAGUGCUGAAUCUCAAGAAGAUGAAUCCCCACCACCACUCUGACUAUAGAUGACAUUAUAGUGUUCCCUCUAUACCUGCCUGAGAGCACAACAGUGAUAGUGAGACUUAAUGGUCUCCAAGCAAGUGUUGUGGUUUCUUAUUUUUGAUCCAUCUGCAAGGCAAGAGUUGGUGGUACAAAGAAAUAAUUCAGAAAAAUCAAGCAAGGUUGGAGGGUACUUCAGUACUGUGCUCUGAAAUGAUCAAGACAUGGCAAUGAAAGGAAGCUUCUAACUCUUCUAAUCUUGAGUUGUUGCAUUGACUUUCUCUAAUUCUUUCACUUGCCCUACACAUGGGGGAAUUCUAAGAUCUGUGAUGUGUCUUAUGUAUGCUUAAGACAUUGCAGUGCUUGGAGACCAUUAAGUUUCUCACUGUCUAGCUCUCAGGCUGGUAAAGAGGAACACUAUAAUGCAGGGAUUCUCAACGUUGGGUCCCCAGAUGUUAUUGGACUUCAACUCCCAUAAUCCCCAGCCACAGUGGCCUUUGGUUGGGGAUUAUGGUAGUUGAAGUCCACUAACAUCUGGGGACCCAACGUUGAGAAUCCCUGCUAUAAUGUAUACGUAUAUGUACUAUAUACAAUAUGAUGUGUAUGUAUUCGUAUGAAAUCUCUCCUUGGGGCCAGGUGACAUUUUAGGUUCUUUCUCUUCUGUCUGAAAUCAAGGUAGAAGCCCUUGUGGGAUUCUAUCCUAGGAGCUGAAGAAGACUUGAGCAAAAAGCAGUGAGGAGAACAGGGCAAUGGAGUUAGUCGAGCAAGGAGAUGAGACCAUCCACUGUGGAGUAAAUCUAAUCUUUUGUCUUUCAGGUCAAAUUUAAUGGGGGGUGGGGGACUCAGUUCAAGCUUGCUCCCUACAUAUAUGUUACGUAUGUGGGAUUGUAUUGCCUUGAUGUUACGAGUGCCAGUUCUUAAUUUCCUAUUAAAGCCUGGCUUGGAAAUUCUUCCAUCUGUUUUUCUUUUCCGUGUUCCAGCUAUGUCUGUUGCAGAUAUAGAGGACACUUAAGUAUUCUCUAAGAAGAGCUUAAGUACAUGAACAGCUUUCCUGUUAGUUGUCUUUUUGAAAUACCUUUUUUGGGUUUUUUGUCUUUAUGUACACUUUUCUGGGAACUAAAGCCUAGCACGUCCUUCGGAUCAGAGGUUGCAAUUAUGUUUCCAGGGGUAGCCAGAAUGCCAGCUUAAGAGCUGGCCACACCCUGAUGCAGAACUAUCUUCUGAGAGAGAUCAAGAUACAUACCAAAAGCUCUGUGUCUUCUGGUCUGCAAUGCAUGUGAAUGUGUUGUCACAAAAGACAAACUGUUAUCUCAUUUAAUACAUUGCUUUAAAAUAAUUGUCUAAUGAUGAUUUUACUCUUUAUGUAUUUCAGACGUUUUUCAAUAAAGGAAUAAUUCGCUCUGCA